AUGAAUCCCCCCACACUACCCCAACCACAAACUCAACAACAGCCACCGCCACCGCCACCGCCACAGCUCCAACCAAACCGCCCCUCCACCUCCUGCGACACCCACCCUCAAGAAACCUUCACCGGCUUCUGCCCUUCAUGCCUCUGCGAACGCCUCGCCGUUCUCGAUCCAAACAACACCACCACCUCCUCCUCUUCCACCUCCAACCGCAAACCCCCCACUUCCUCCACCGCCGCCGCCGCACUUAAAGCAAUCUUCCGUCCCUCCACCUCCCAACGCAACUACCGCCCUCCAACCACAUCUUCCUCCAACUCCCUCUUCCCUGAACUCCGCCGCACUAAAUCCUUCUCCGCCUCCAAAAACGAAGGCUUCUCCGGCACAUUCGAGCCUCAACGAAAAUCCUGCGACGUUCGCGGCCGUAGCACUCUAUACUCUCUCUUCAAUCAAGCCGACGAACGCAAAAUCCCCAAACCGGAACCUCCGCGUCUCCUCCCUGAGCUUGAUACCAGAAACCUAGCUUCUUCAUCUUCUACUCUUCAACAACCUUUCAUCGAGUCAGAAGAAGACGAAGACGACGAAGAAGAAAAUAACAUUGUCGUUGAAGAUUCAGACAAAGACGAAGUUAGGGUUUUAGAACCGCCACAACCACGAGAACGAGAACGAGAGCUUUCCAAUGUGAUUGAAGAAACUUUUCACGAAAUCGUAGAAGAAGAGCCUGAUUUUCAAAUUGAACCGGAACCAGAGUUGGUUUUUGCUGAAGAAGAGACCUUGAAACCGAUGAAAGAACACAUGGAUCUAGAUUCUCAAGCGAAGAAAAGUUCAGGUCGAGAUUUAAAGGAAAUCGCUGGAAGUUUCUGGUCUGCAGCUUCGGUUUUCAGCAAGAAGCUUCAGAAAUGGAGGCAGAAGCAGAAAGCUAAGAAGCGAGGACCGAGAAACGGUGCUGUUUCGGGGUCUUCAACUCUAUUGCCGGUAGAGAAGCCUAUCGGCCGUCAAUUUCGGGAAACUCAGUCAGAGAUCGCGGAUUACGGCUUCGGCCGUCGUUCCUGUGAUACUGAUCCACGAUUCUCGCUUGAUAUUGCUCGCAUGUCGUUUGACGAUCCUCGAUACUCGUUCGAGGAGCCACGGGCUUCAUGGGAUGGUUAUCUGAUUGGAAAGACAUUUCCCAGAAUGCCUUUGCCUACUAUGCUUUCUGUUGUUGAAGAUGCUCCUGUUCAUGUUCAAAGAACUGAUUCGCUUAUACCGGUUGAGGAGCCACCACUUUUGAAUGAGAAUGGUGAAGAGAAUAUUAAUAUGCCUGGUAAUUCGACUCAGACGAAAGAGUAUUACUCUGAUUCUUCAACGAGGAGAAGGAAAAGCCUUGAUAGGUCUAGUUCUAUUCGAAAAACUGCUGCUGCUGUUGUUGCUGAUUUGGAUGAAUUGAAACCUGUUUCUAAUGCUAAGAAAGUUGACAGGGAUUUGAGGGAUUAUUCAAAUAAUUCCAAUUCUAAUUCAAAUAAUUCCUUGAGGGAUGAUUGUUCUGAGAGUUUUGAAUUGGGGUAUAGAGAUAAUGCUUCUGUUGUUGGGAGUAAUAACGGUUAUGGUGAUCGUAAAGGAGGGUCUAAGAAGAGUUCGAGUAGAUGGAGCAAGGCGUGGAGUAUUUGGGGCUUUAUACAUCGUCGUGGUGGAGGGAAUAAUAACAAAGAGGAGGAAGAUGAUAGGUAUAGUAGUAGAGGAGGUAACGGUAAUGGGGUGGAACGUUCUUAUUCCGAGUCGUGGCAGGAGUUUAGAGGGGAAAGGAAUGGGGAUGUUAGAGGCGGUGUUGGAAUUGGUAGUAUUGGUGGUGGUGGUGGUUUGAAUAGGAAGAUAUUGAGGAGCAAUAGUAGUGUGAGUUGGAGGAAUGCACCGAGCAUGGGAGGAAGCAUGGGUGGGGGAGGAGGAAUUUUCAGUGGGAGGAAGAGUGAUGUUCAGAGUAGUAACGGGUACCUUGGAAGAAAAGGAAGGGAUGAGUUUGUGUUGGAGAGGAACAGAAGUGCGAGAUAUUCUCCUAACAACAGCAUGGAUAAUGGUGGUCUCUUGAAGCUCUACUUAACGCCUGGUGGCCGGAGAAACGGUGCCUCGAAAGGAAGGUCCAAUCAGGCACAUUCUAUUGCUAGAAGUGUACUUAGGUUGUAUUGA